AACCAUGUGCAGGCAGCUACGGAAAUGGACUUCCGACCAAGUUGGAUGGUUGUAGUUGCAAAACAAGUAGAAGCCUUCAUUAGAGAGUUCUUUGAUCAGAACCCACUUAGUCAUAUUGGCCUGGUAACUAUAAAAGAUGGGGUUGCUCAGUGCUUAACAGAUUUAGGUGGCAGUCCAGAAUCCCAUGUAAAGGCAUUGAUGGGCAAACUGGAGUGCUCAGGUGAUUCCUCUCUACAGAAUGCUCUAGAUCUUGUUCAUGGCUAUCUGAACCAAAUCCCAUCCUAUGGUCAUCGCGAAGUCUUAAUAUUAUAUUCUGCUGUCAGUACCUGCGAUCCAGGGGAUGUAAUGGAGACUAUCCAGAAAUGCAAGAAAUCCAAAAUAAGGUGUUCAGUUGUUGGUCUUUCUGCAGAAAUUUAUCUAUGUAAACAUCUUUGUCAAGAAACUGGAGGUUCAUAUACGGUGGCACUGGAUGAGUCACAUUUUAAAGAGUUGUUGCUGGAGCAUGCUCCUCCACCUCCUGCAAUAGCAGAAUUUGCUGUUCAUGCUAAUUUGAUCAAGAUGGGCUUCCCACAAAGAGUAGCAGAGGGUUUUGUCUCUAUAUGCGCUUGCCACAAAGAAGCCAAGGUUGGUGGCGGCUAUACAUGUCCAAGAUACAAAGCACGUGUUUGUGAGCUACCUACUGAAUGUCGGAUUUGUGGGUUGACGCUUGUUUCAUCUCCCCAUUUGGCUAGGUCAUAUCAUCAUCUAUUUCCCAUAACACCAUUUGAUGAGGUACCUUCCUCGCUUUUGAACAAUCCACAACACCAGUUACCAAGAAUUUGA